AUGAAUGCUGUUGGCCCCAACUCACCCAAGUGCCUCAAAUAUGCACAGUUUGCCUCACAUCUGGUACGGUGGCAGUUCAAAGUGAUUUACUGGACAUUAUUUAUUACAAAUUUACUGCUCUUAUUCUUCGGAUCAUUUGUAUACAUCAAAGCCCAAGACGCCCUGUCAAAAUACUCGGAGCAUCCUGGCCGGCUUCAGAAGCGUCUUCGAAUAUGUAUCAGCAUAUGCACAGGAUGCGUCCUCAUAUCAACGGUGAUAGUCGUGAUGGAAGUCUACACAUUGUUGGCGCUACAGUUUUGCGACGGCGAAGACCUCAUGUCUCUAUACUGGUCAACGUGGACCAUGAUCCAACUCGGGUCGCUGAUUGCCAUGGUUGGCGUCAUUCUAGCUAUGGUUCACACUUUGCGCAAUAAACGUCACCCUCCCUGGGCGCUGGCGCUGGGAACACCAGUCCUUGUUAUUGCAGGGCUGCUGCACAUGUGCUAUUAUUGUACGAGAGCGCACUGUAAGAAGUUGUACAGAAAGUCAAAGUCGGAAACGGAAACCGAGCCGCCGAUGAGCAGAGUCAAUACCAUCGGCCCCAGCUCCAACAAUUCAAUCGAUGAAACAAUAAGAGGCGAGUUUAUUGGGUUUACAAUGGAAGGGGGACCAAUAGUCAGAUUCACGAACAGCGACGUGAUCGAUAUUCCAGAAGGUGCUGAGCUGCUGGGUCGAUCUGAAACCAACAGCGUCUUGAUCUCGUACCGUAGAGACUCGGUCCGCUUUCUGACAGAAGACCAGGACACCGGCAACGAAAUAUCUAAAGUACAAAAUAGCAACCAGAGCGCACAAGAAAAAUCAUAG